UUUUCAUCAGCAUUUGGUAAAAUGAUCAUCGACAACAGAAGUUUUCGCCUCGUAAAUAGGGUGCGGGAUAUGUGAUAAUGGUGGAUACAUGAAGGAACCUGGCAACUCAGACUGUCAGUUUUCGGCGCGGGAAGAUUGUAAACAUCAUACACCGGAAGUAGAUGUUCACUACAUUUGUCCGAUGCGUUUGUUGUGCACCAGAAACAAGACGGUCUAUUGAAGUUGCAGUAACUUGUAUUUCAGGAACAAGAAGUUAAAUUAAGUCACAGUAACAAAAAAAACCACAACGUUUUUCGCUGUCGACAUCAGAAAAAAAGGACCAAUAUCGUCGCGUUUGUAAAAGUUAACAUUAAGAUAGCCUUCGUGUUGAUGCGGCUUUCUCCUGAAGUUGUGACCAGAACCGUGUAAAUAUGCAUAUUUAUAAAGUUACGUCGCGGUAAAAAGCAGAGUAUUUAGCCGACCCUGGAGACAUGAUGGAGCGCUACAACGAGCUGAAGCUGCUGCUGAAGAGCUGGGAGCAGGGGUUUGUCCAACAGCACCAGAGGAAACCCAACAAGGAUGAUGUUGACCAAGCUCCAGAAGAGACUAGGAAGCUGUAUAAAGAGUAUCGCAGUUUGAAACAAGCCAAAGAGAACAGCAGCAGUGUUGCAGCAAGCGGACACGAUGAACAGCCCAAAUCAGCUACGUCCGACUGUUGGGGUGCCCAUCUGAAUCGCAGUGUGUUACCAGUGUCUUCUCCUCGACUGUCAUCCCAGGAGAGAGACAGCCUUCAGGCCUCAGCCCAAUAUUAUGGCUUAAAGCUAAAACACAACCUGGCUUCACUCAGUAAGGAGAAACCUGUCUCACUGAGGAAAUCAGUCCUUCCUGGUCGGGUGCCUCUGAACUCAUUAAAAGGUGGACAACAAAUUGGUCAGGGAACCAUCCCUGCUGCUGCUGCCACUGACAAGACCACAUCCACUGGCCUUGAAUCCAGCCCCUUCUCACCAAGAAGAGUAAAGACUUGCCUGGGGUCCCUUGUUACAAAGACGCCACGUCCAGUGGAGCCUGAAGAGCCGUUUGAACCAUUCGAAGUUGUCAAAGACUUUAGGGAUGAACCUUCAGAUGCAGCAAGUAGCAGAAGACUUAGUAGUGUUAAUGUUAGUAAUAUUAGCAGUAGGAGUAGUACCAGUAAAGUGAUUAGUUCACAAAAUCAAAGUGGCUCUAGUGUGGCUCCCUCUUCAGUCAGAUCCUCUGCCUUGUCGUUAAUGUCUCCUUUACGUAGUGUAGAAACUUCAGGUGACGACGUUGGAGGAAAGUUAAAUGACAGUAAAGGAGCUUCAGGAGACAAAAAAGAAAAUUCCGAAACACUAGGAACCCCACAUCUGGGGAUUGGUUCUCUUAGAGGAAGCCCACAGUUUCUUGGAGGUUUCAGAGGAGGAAUGGGAGGUACUGGCACAGGAGGAAAGCCCUCCCCUGCCAGCAGGCUGAACUUUGUUGACAGGAAGUGGCUGGAGAGAUGUCAGGUUUUUGGAGAGAUGGGGGCAGAGGAGAGGCCUGUAGCAGGCAACCAGGAGAUGGUUGCAGAGAGAACAGAGGCAGAGAGGGAAACGGAAGGAGAAAUACAAGGAGGUGAAAGAGUGGAAAAAGGAGAAAUAGAUGCAGAGGGAGAAAGAAGAGGGGAGGUGGACUUGGGAAUAGAUGAAGGCUUUAAGAGCAUUACUAGUGACAAAACAGGUGAUGAUGGUUCAUUGAAACCUGACCUACAACCCGAUAGAAAAAGUAAAGGAGGAGGGAAAGAAAAAGUGAAAAGGAAGGGAGGUGAGGAGAAGCAAAGAGGGCUGACGCCACCUCCAACACCAGACGGUGAUGGUGAGACUAGUCCCAAGACCAAAGGUCCAAAGAAGAGAGGGAGGAAGAGGCAGAGAGAGGGAGAGGGCACGGAGGGAGAGAUGACACAGGAGGGAGGAGAGAAAAAGAAGAGGAGAGGCAAAAAGAAAGAGGAGAGCUCAGAUUUGAAUCCCAGCCCAGCCCAAGGAAGAGGGAAGAAAAGGAGAACCAAGGGAGAGGAAGACGAAGAAGGCGAAGAGGAGAAAAAAACCCCGGUAACCAAAAAGGUGCCUCAGGAGAACUUGUUAGGAGAAAUAGAGGAGGAAUUUGUAUCUAGGAGAAUGUGUCAGAGUCAGCCCGUGGCAGCAAGAGGCGUGAAAGGCGCGGACGGUAACUUUGUGAAGAUAAAUCUGAAGAAGAAAUCUCAUGUCAAAGGUUAUGCACUCCGAGGGGUGUUUCUACGAAAACAGAUGUACAUGCAGAAAUUCCAGCUGAAAGGCGAACGCUUUGGUGGAGGGGGUGGAUUUUUUGGCAGAGGAAGAAGAGGAGGCUUCAGAGGGGGCCUCAGUCGUCAGGGUGACACCUGCUACAAGUGUGGAGGGACCGGACACUGGGCCAUGGACUGCAAGGGACCAGCCCCUCCUCCUCCUGUUCCGGUUUCUGAUGAGCCAUGCGCUGAAGAGGAGCCGUUUGAACUGCCAACUCUGGAGGAGGUUGCCAGGGCAACGGGAACACUGCAUCCUCAGCCGCUCUUGUUGUCUGCCGGUGCCACCGAGAAGCAGCAGCUCCAUGAAAAUGAGGCUGAUCAUAAACGUAAAGACGAGGUGUUGCUGAAUGUGAUUCGUCCUGACUAUGAGCGGCCUGCUCCUCCGCCACCAGUGGCACCACUUUAUCAUCUCACAGAUGAUGGAAAAGUCCAAGCCACACCUGCUGAGGUGUCUGCAGCUCUGCAAGACCUUGGCUACAAGUCAUUUAGACCAGGACAGGAGGAGGCCAUCAUGAGGAUCCUGUCAGGUCUCUCUACCUUGGUAGUGUUGUCAACAGGGAUGGGUAAAUCUUUGUGCUAUCAGCUUCCCGCCUACCUUUACGCUCAGAGAUCAAACUGCAUCGCACUGGUCAUUUCACCUCUCGUCUCACUAAUGGACGAUCAGGUGUCUGGCCUGCCAGCGAAGCUGAGGGCAGCCUGUAUCCACUCAAACAUGACGAUGAAGCAGAGAGAAGCUGCGAUAGAAAAGGUGAAGUCAGGCCAGGUGUGUGUGUUGCUCCUCUCCCCAGAGGCUCUGGUUGGUGGAGGUGGUUCAGGCUCAGGGUGCCUGCCCUCCGCUCAGGAGCUCCCUCCUGUGGCCUUCGCUUGUAUAGACGAAGCUCACUGUGUCUCUGAGUGGUCACACAAUUUCAGGCCCUGUUACCUGAGGCUGUGUAAGGUCCUAAGGGAGCGUUUGGGGGUGCAGUGCUUGCUGGGACUUACUGCUACGGCCACACUAUCUACUGCUCUAGACAUCGCUCAGCAUCUGGACAUCACUGAUCAGGAUGGCAUUGCAGUCAGAUCAGCAGCAGUGCCUCCAAACCUGAAUCUGUCUGUGUCCAUGGACAGAGAGAAGGAUCAGGCUUUGGUGUCGUUGUUGAAAGGUGAUCGUUUUGGUUGUCUGGACUCCAUCAUCGUCUACUGCACCAGGAGAGAGGAGACUACACGUGUGGCAGCGCUGCUCAGGACCUGCCUGCAGGGAGUGCUGGUGAAAGAAAAUAAGCAAAUCACCGGCAGCAGCCAGGCACAGAACAGCCCUGCAGGACAGAGAAAGAAAGACCUGGCAAGGAAGAAGAUUCGUAAGCCACUGAAAUGGCAGGCCGAGUCGUACCACGCCGGCUUGACGGCAUCCGAGCGCCGUCGAGUCCAGAACAACUUCAUGUGCGGGGAGCUGAGAUUAGUGGUGGCCACUGUGGCUUUUGGCAUGGGUCUCGAUAAAGCCGACGUCCGUGGCAUCAUCCACUUCAACAUGCCAAAGAGUUUUGAGAGCUACGUUCAGGAGAUUGGGAGAGCAGGGAGAGACGGAGAAGCAGCCCACUGUCACCUCUUCCUCGACCCUGAGGGUGGAGACCUCCAUGAGCUCCGUCGUCACAUCCACGCAGACACAGUGGACCACUACACAGUGAAGAGGCUGGUCCAGAAAGUUUUCCCUCCGUGCAAAUGUAAACAGAUACACCAGAAACAACAGGAGCUCAUCAAGGACAUUGACGACUCUGAGCUGUUGGAGAUGAUGGAUGUGUGUGAUCCGGAGAGCAGCCUGAACCCUCCCACUCAGCAGGACGUAGAAUACACGGACAAACCAAAACCUCAUGCUGCACAGGAGACGUCACAUCCUGAUUCAGCUGAGUUACCAAUCCAACAAGAUGGAGAUAAGGGUAAUAAAAAGGAGGAGAGGGAAGAGGACCCAGCAGUAAAAGACGAGGGAGCCAGUGGUUCAGUGAAACACCAGGAUGUGGAGGUGAAGGCAGCCGGCGAUUGGCUGAAAGACGAUAAGGAAGAGAGCAGUGAUUGGCCCACAGAACGAGUGUGUCACACGCAUGAGAGGGCGAUCCCCAUCCAACAGACUGUCGAGGCUCUGGACAUCACAGAGGAAGGUGUGGAAACAAUGCUUUGCUAUUUGGAGCUGCAUCCUCAGCGCUUCGUGGAACUUCUCCACCCCACCAUGUCUGUGUGUAAAGUCAGCUGCUAUGACGGGCCGAGACAACUCCAAAAAAUCACUAAAAUUUGUCCUCCUGUUGCUGUGGUUCUGGCCAGAAUGCGGAUGGCAGGCGAGCGAGUGGAGACAUGUGAUCAGCUGGAGUUUGAUGUGGUCGAGGUUGCGGACACUAUGGGAUGGCAGCUCCCUCUUGUGAAGAGGGGGAUCAGGCAGCUGCAGUGGAGCACUGACAGAGCUGGUGGUCGCAGCGGCAUCCACGUUGAAUUCUCCUCUCCGUCGUUCUACUUCCGUUCCUACGGUGACCUUAGCCACGAGGAGAUGGACAGAGUUUGUCAGUUCCUCCAUAAUCGAGUGCAGGACCAGGAGGGGACACAGCUCUACCAGCUGACGGCCUGUUUUAAAGCCUUCAAGAGUGUUGCCUUCCAGAGCGUGUUGUCCUGCGUUGACGAUUUGGAUGUGAGUCGCAGUCUGCAGCUGAAACACCUUCUCUCCGAGUACUUUGACAAGAGGCGAGACCGAGCGCACACACUAAAACCAAUGGACAUCGAGGAGCUCGACAAAUAUAAGUUGUCGGACUGGGAAAAUCAGAUUCGAGCAGACAUCAGAAGUUUUCUCUCCAACCGGAGCGAUGAGAAGUUUUCUGGAAGAGCUGUUGCCAGAAUCCUCCAUGGCAUAGGCAGUCCGUGCUAUCCUGCUGUGACCUACGGCAAAGACAGACGAUACUGGAGGAAGUACAUCCAGUUUGACUUCAACCAGCUCAUCAGACUGGCCACUCAGGAGAUCAUUUGCUUCAAGUAACUGACCAGAAGGAAUAUACGCUGAUCUGCACUUGUAUAAAUGCAUCGUCACGUUGAAUGAUUUAACUUAUAGUUUUUUCUGUUAGGCUUUGUAUACAUGUUUAAAAAUAUAUAUUCUUUGUGGAUCAUAAUGAAAUAAAAUCUAUUUUUCUAGCUUCA